GGUGAAGCUGCCUCUCUCUGCCAUACUGAAGCAGGUGUCCAACAUGGCGAACACUGGCAGCGUCUCUCUCGCGACUAUUCUCUUUUUAUUCCUGUUUCAAGCGGCUCUAAACAAAGGAGCUGCACAGGAACCAGUGGUGAGUCAGAAUCUGGUGACGGACAAUGUGUCGGUGGUGGAGGGAGAGACGGCGAUCAUCAGCUGUCGGGUGAAGAACAACGAUGACUCGGUCAUCCAGCUGCUUAACCCCAACAGACAGACUAUCUACUUCAGAGACAUGAGACCACUGAAAGACGCUCGCUUUCAGCUGGUGAACUUCUCCGACAACGAGCUGCGGGUGUCGCUGUCUAAUGUGUCGCUUUCAGACGAGGGUCGCUAUGUUUGCCAGCUCUACACAGACCCCCCGCAGGAAGCCUACGCCGACAUCACAGUGCUAAUUCCUCCAGGUAACCCCAUCAUCGAGGCGCGGGAUGAGGUCCUGAGCGAGGGCAACGAGACAGAGAUGACCUGCACUGCCCUGAGCAGUAAGCCUGCCGCCAUCAUCAGAUGGAUGAAGGGAGAUAAAGAGCUUCCAGGUAAACCCAAAGUUGAGCUGACCUACGACAGGAUGUACACAGUCACCAGCCGGCUCACCUUCACCGUCGGGAAGGAGGACGAUGGUGUGCCUGUGGUGUGCAUCGUGGACCACCCUGCUGUCAAGGACUUCCGGGCACAGAAAUACCUAGAGGUGCAGUACAAACCAGAGGUGAAGAUCGUGGUAGAAUUUCCACAGGGUUUGACGAGGGAAGGAGAGAACCUGGCACUGGCAUGUCAAGCCAAAGGCAAACCCCAGCCUCAGCGGGUGAACUGGCUGAAGGUGGAUGAUGACGUACCAUCCCAUGCCGUCAUCACCGGUGGGGAUCUUUACAUCGAAAACCUAAACAAGUCCUACAACGGAACGUACCGCUGCAUGGCAUCCAACUCGGUGGGGGAGUCUUACGAUGACUACAUCCUCUAUGUCUAUGAUGCUCCCACUACCACCCCUUUACCCACCACAGUCAUCAUCACUACCACAGCCAUCACCACCACCUCCAACCCUGAAGCCAAUCAAGACACUGCGCCCAGCACUGAACCUGCAGCUCAUGAUUCACGAGCCGGGGAAGGAGCACCCAGAACCGUGGACCAUGCAGUCAUUGGAGGAGUGGUGGCCGUGGUGGUCUUCGCCAUGCUCUGCCUACUCAUCGUCUUGGGUCGCUACUUUGCAAGACACAAAGGUACCUACUUCACACACGAAGCCAAAGGAGCAGACGAUGCGGCGGAUGCAGACACAGCUAUCAUCAACGCAGAGGGUGGCCACACCAACUCGGACGAGAAGAAGGAGUACUACAUCUAAUCAAAAAACGGGACCCCUCACUUUGAUGUCCUCGGGACACAGAGCUGUUAUUUUGGGAUGGGGCAUUGGGAGGGAGGGGGGCUUAGAGGUGGGCGUUGAUGGAGUGCUUUUAAGUUGGAUUGCUUUUAGUGAGAGUAGAGGGGUCGAGAGGUGGAGGAUAGAUGGAGUUUUAAAGAAAGGUUUUAAGCCGUUGUUUAGUCUAGUCUGCAGAUGUAGAUGGAAUGUUUUUGUGUGUUUAAAAAAAAAUCAAAAAGGACAAAAAACGUCGGGUUUGGGUUUUCAGUAAAGCGAGAAGGGGCUGGGUUGGGGGGUGGGAGGGUGCGUCAGAUGUUGCCAGAAAUCACUGUAGAGAGCUUCACCAUUCAACACCUCCCUAACUGCUGGUACGGAUUUUAUUUAGUUCCACCAUUUGCAGAAAAUUCUGUGCCUUGUUCUGAUUUUCUUUUCUUUUUUUCCGUUUCCUCCACUCCUCCCAUCUGUGUUGAUCAUCAUUUGCAUAACCUAUUUGCCCCCCCACCCUACGUUUUAUCUUUUCCACUCGUAAUUAUCAGCGUGCUGUCGGCUUUCUGUAAGAGGGUAAAAUGACACAGCCACUUUAUUCAUUUCUCUAAAUGUGUCUGCACACACGGAUCCUCUCCUGCAUAACAACUCUUUCCAGUAUACUGUGAUUUGUCUCAAGCCAUUACUUCCUUCUCUUUCUCCUCAACUUUGACAGCUCAAAAAAAACAAAGAUUAAAAAAAAGAAGUAAUUGCAUGGUACGCUUUACAUAUCAUUGUACAAAGUACAUCAGUAAGAAACAGGUUUGUUGGACUGGACUCCCCACCAACACAACCAAAAACAACAUCAUCAUCAUCAAUAAGAAAGCAGCAAAGAUUGUUAAUUUCAUCAGGCCAACACAAUUUUUAGCUUCUCAAAGCAGAUAUGCUACCAUACUGUUUUCUUUCAAACAACUACUUGUAUUCAGAAAGACAAAUGGUACAUUAUUCUGGUUUUCCCCAUGCUGUUAUGUAAUUAUUUUCCUUAUCUUUUUCUCUGAUUGGCUGAUUAAAUGUUUUUUUUUUUCCCCCACCAGCUUUUAUCAAGCUAUCACGAUUCAGUUGAUUUCUCUCCACUUAGAAUAUUCUGUCUCUUACACAUGGGAAAGUAAGACACAGUAAAUUCUUUAGAAAAUGGUUGCCACACUGGAAUAGAAAUGUUGUGAAAUCACUUAGUCUCAGUUUUGGCCAGAAGAUGCUGGUAUAAGUGUACAUAACUUCGAGUAGUCAAACAGCCUUAACCAACUUCAAACUCAAACACAUCCAAGUUCAAGUUCCACAAAAAAAUAAAUAAAUAAAUAAAAAUGCUCAUGGAUAUCCAGGUCCUCUCAUCAGCAAGUUCAUUUUAUCUCACAAACACACACAACUAUAAAAAAAAAGUGGGAUCACAGUUGUAUGGUACACUACUCCUUACUCAGAAAUAUUUUUUACAGGUUACUAGAAUUACAAUACCUUUGUGGAUUUAGUUGUUUCACUCUCAUUGUAAGUUUUGUCCAACUAAAACAGGCACACAUUGGGGAAAGUAAAUGUGUUUAAACUGAAACGCUCUGGGAGACGGAUCACCUCCAACAGUUGAUGCAGAUGCUUUAAAUGCUUAAAUAUUUCUUAUGUUUUGCAUGUACAAAUAUACUAAAAUCCAUUCUUUCAGUUUCUGUUCUGCUAAUGUAUCACCUGCCAAAACCGAACAAGGUUUGGUUCUGUUUUGCCAGCUGGGGCACACUGAGGAUGCCAAAAGUAAUUCACUCUUUGUAAUAUAACUAAGUACACAUAUUGUGCUCUGUGUUGUUAAUCCAUGGUUUGCAUUAGUGCCCCAGCUUUUUAACAUGGCAGUGAGGGUGUACUGGUGGCAGUUAUCAUUAUCAUGCUUUCACACAGCGAGCAGCACUUAAUGAGUCUUUUUCACUCUGUGACAGCUGUGGGUGGAUUGAGGUGGAGGUCCAGGCUGCAGUUGGCAUCUGGUAAAAUGGUGAAAGUGUUAACAUUUAACUUCUUUUUUGUUCUAUCACAUUUUGAAUAGCUGUUGCUCCAUUAGUGACAGCAACCACACAUUAUGCUUUAUCCUAGAUGACAUUUGCAGUGUUAGUAUAUCAUACUUUCACAUUACCAUUUCUCAAUUUUGAUUAAAUUCCAAUACUGACCACUAAAUGAUUGGACUGUUUACAUUCAAAACUAAAUGUGUAUUGAACCUGACUUUUUUGUUGUGGUUAAGGUUGAGGUUACUUUAUUCAUACCACUUUAUACCAAUAGUUAAAUUGGUAAAGACAGUUACCUAGCUAUCUUUUACUAUUAAAGCAGCUACUGCUAGCAGAAGAUGGCCAGCCAACUUCUACUACUCCUAGCAUAAGUUAACUAGCUAUUUUUUUUUAUUUAUUUUUUUUAGCAGUGAUUCUUUUGUGUUUAACAGAAGUUACGAGUGUUUGAGACUUUUACACUACAUGUUCACAGAUUUAACUCACUUGGCACCAUUUUUAGUCACCCCUGUUAAGAGUAUUUAACAGAUUUCUUGGUGCUGCUUGCUGUGUGUACACUCAUGUCUGUAAUACUUUACUGUAACGUUUAAACACUUCAUUGGAUUUUCUUAAUGUGCAACACAGACUGCAACACAUCACCUGUGUUAUAGCUUUAAUAUAUCAUGGUCAUGCAUGAAGACAGCAUUCAGUCUUUCCAUAUUGAGAUUUGGAGUUAAUGGUUAUCAAGCAGAAUUAGAUGAUGUCCUUAUUGUGCAAAUCUAAUCUUCAGCAUACCGUAUGGGCAGUUAUGUGGUUUUAGAAAAUAGCGCCUGCAUAGCUGUACGCAUUAUUUAGCUUUUUCAUCGGAUUUGGCUGUACAUGAGCGUGAAACUAGGGAUGAUGCUGUGUCCAAUUCUCCAUCAGUUUUCCUCUGUUAAAACUUGAGUUCAUUUAAAAAGUCACAAAGGAAUUACCACUAAGUCGACACUGUAUGCUGAUGACACUGUUUUGUGUUUGUGUUAAAUGGAUGGGUGGGAGUUGGGUAAGGGUAAUGAUUAGAUUAGAUGUUUCACAGUCUGGUGUCUGAUUAAAAAAAGAAACUAUAAACUGACUUGUUAUUGUUGCUUUAUGAAUCACAGAACAGUUGUCACUUCAUCUGAUAGACUGAGACCGUGUGAUUUGUAUUUUCCAGUGAGCACUAUUUUGCUUCAGUGACAUGUGGCAGCUUCCAUUUAAAUCAGACUUCAAAAAAUGUACUUGUCAAUAAAGGAAUAGAACUGAAUAUUGUCUUCUCCCUUAUGGCUCAUACACUCAUACCUAAUUUGUGAAUAUUGAACCUUCUCACGGCUUUGGAUGCCUUGUGUUUCUCCAAAUGUCUUUGCUAUUCCAAACCUCCAAAAAUACAAAAGCAACAAGAACAAAACAACAAAACUAGCAUUUAAGGACAUUUAAUUAUUGAGAAAUUGAAAUGCAUAAGCAGGAUGAUACAUAAGUUAAUGUAUCACUUCAUUUUUAAUGCCAUUCUCUGUAGAAAUUAAAAAGAAAAAAAUGGACCAUGCAGUUAAAGUGUAAGUGAGAUUGUUUUCUCCACAUUAAAUUCUUUUGAUAAUGUCCUGUCUCAGGUUCAUGUGUUGCUGACCGAUGUGACUGCAUCUCAGGUAGAAUGCAAAGUUUAGGCCCCACCUCCCAAUGACAUAAAAGCAAGUACAAUGCAUUCAUUAAAUUAAGUGCAACACAUUCUUUUAGGUCCAAAAUUGGUGAAAUAUUUUGCAUAUAUGUUGUACAUGUUUUAUGUAUUUUUCUUAAUAUUUGGUGCACUGUAAAGAUGUGUUAAGUAUUGCUUUUUUGUUGGCAUAUAUCAUAAAGAGUAAAAUGUUUAUUGGAAUGAAGCAGGACCAGAAACGUGUUGUGGCUGUACUACUGUCACUUUGAAUGCUCCACCACCUUUUUGAAACUUAUUUGGUUUCCCAGAAAAGGUUUGAUUGUUUCACCAGUCAUUGUUUUUAGAUUGAUUCUUUUUGUCUCUCUGCUGUACUUGGGAAAUGUAAUGUGUAUUAUUGGAGAAAAGGAGUUCCACAUUCCCAUACACAUUUUGUAUUGGUUCAUAAAUAGACAUUUUUACAAAACAAUGAAAAGUUCUUGUCUUAAUAAAAGAGAAAAGAUA